GUGACGCCGGCUUCUCCGAGUCUGGAUCGAGUUCGUUCUCAUGAUGCGAACGGUUCAUGGUUGAGUUACACUGGUUUGGAAAGUGGAUUGUUGCGAUUUUGCUGGGACUGUGAAGCAACAUCGGCACCAGCAUUUUUCUUCUUGUUUCUUUGCCGCAUUUUUUUUUCCCUUUUUAUUUUUUUUGAGGGUAGCCAAGUCCCGGUCCAGAGCUUUCUUCCGACAUACUGCUAUCUCACAAUGGCCACCAGACGGGCUUCUCUGAAAAGUUUCCUAGCAGCUGCCAAGAAGGCGUUGGUAGCCGCUCCCGCGCAGAGACAGACCCCUCUCCAUUUUGUCAUCGGGAAUGAGUCCGCAGAUCUCGACUCUCUGUGCUCCGCUCUGGUUUACGCCUAUUUUCGAACCCACACGCCGCCUCACACCCUGCAUAUUCCCCUGUCCAACCUCCCGCGCGCAGACCUCACCCUGCGCCCCGAACUCAGCGCCGUCCUGACCCCAGCCGGCCUCAGACCCGACGACCUGAUCACCCUGACGGACUUGCCCGGCGAAGAUGCCCUCAGCCCGCAAGAUACCCGCUGGCUACUGGUCGACCACAACGUGCUCACAGGCGACCUCGCCGCCCGCUUCUCCAGCCAGGUCGUAGGUUGCAUCGACCACCACGAGGACGAGGGCGUCAUCCCGCACGCGCUCCCCGCCGACCAGCCGCGCAUCUUCGCCAAGUGCGGCAGCUGCAUGAGCUUGGUGCUCGACAAGUGCCGCGCGACCUGGGACGCCCUGGCGGCGUCUGCCACCGCCUCCGCCUGCGACGACGGCACCCCGGCCGCCGCGUGCGACGCCGCCCUCGCGCGCGUCGCACUCGCCCCGAUCCUCAUCGACACCACCAACCUGACCUCCAAGGACAAGACCACCGACUGGGACGUGCGCGCCGCCCAGCUGGCCGAGGCGAAGCUGCUCGCCUGGCCCCCCGCCGCCGUGUCUUUAGCGACGAUGACGGCACCGCCCGCAGGCGGCGGAGCAGCUCAACAACAACAACAGCAGCAGCAGCAACACCAGCAACAGCACCAGCCACAAGCCGAGCCCGGCAGCUACGACCGCGCGGCGUACUAUGCCGCGCUCACGCACCUGAAGGAGCAGAUCCAGGGCCUGACGUACCGCGACGUGCUGCGAAAGGACUACAAGCGGUGGGGCGAGGGCCGGUUGGCGGUGGGGGUGUCGACGGUGGUGCAGGGGCUGGGGUACGUGCUGCGCGAGCUCGGCUCAGGGACGGGGCCGGCAGCGGCAGCAGGAGCAGUAGCGACGGGGCAGGGCGAUGGCGGUGGGAACGAGGACGGAAUGGGCCGAGGAGAGGGCAGCAGGGGAAAGGCAGCGUUCUUGGACGCGCUGCGGGCGUGGGCGGCCGAGCAGCGGCUUGAUGUUGCCGUUGUUAUGACCGUGUCGCGGCCCGGCGGGGUGUUCACGCGGGAGCUGCUUGUGUGGGGGUUGAAUGGCGAGGGGGUGAAGGUGAUGGGGGAGUUUGUGAGGCGGUAUGGCGACGCGUUGGGGCUGGAGACGUGGGAGGGCGGCGAGUUGGAUGGAGGUGGGGAGGGGCAGGCGGAGUGGCGGGCUUGUUGGAGGCAGAGGCGGAUUGAGCAUAGCCGGAAGCAAGUGGCGCCAAUGCUAAGGGAGGCGAUGAGGCAGGCUUCAAAACUUUGAGAGACGCUCGGGGCUGCGAGGCAUGUUCUGUUUUGCAUCAAGGAGCGGUUCUUUAUGCGUGGGGGGUUAUCGGCGGUGGAGA